AUGGACCCGACCUCCAAAUGGAAGGCGACAGCCUUGCUAACUUGGCUUCUAGCCGCGGAAUCAGUCAAUUGUCUGCCGCGUGUGGGAACUGCAGUGGAAGGUAUACUGCAGGGGACUGCCACAGAGCCUGAGACGGCUUAUAGAACCCAAUAUCCGCCUACGAACGAGGAGGAUAGACUAUUUAUUCCGGAAUCUCACCCUGAAUAUCGCGUGGCUUUGGAGUUUGACGGCCGUCCACCGCAGCCUCCAUUCCCGCAGUUUCAACUCGAAAGGUUUGUUCACGGGUUGAACGACCUGCUAGGUGUGCCAGAACCCGCUACUGCUUCGGCACCAACAGUUGCAGCGGAACCUGCUCCUGUCCCAACGACAGCUUCGCAGCAGCAGUCGCAAGCUACGGCGCUGCCUGUUCCAACUAUCGGAACUACUAGAGAAUUACCAAAAGCCGAACAAGCUGCGACUUCGAUAGCAGUAUCUGUUCCCACGGUCUCUUCUCCUCCCCCAGGUCAAGCAGAUCAACCUAAGACCAUGAACGGUCAGGACAUCUUUGGGCCUAUUGCGACUGGGGCUGUUCCUGCUAAUAUCAAGUCGAGGCAUGACCACCCCGUGCAGAACAAGCAUGCCAACACCACCGGUCCAAUUGAGACCAACAAGUUCUACGCUGGGCUUUUCCUGGGUACUCAGACCAAUGCUUCCUUCACGCAACCCUACUCUCUGGCAUGGUCCAAGGGCGGUGGUUCACUUAAGAGCUGGGGUAUGGGCAUUUCCCAUGUCCAGCCUCACAUGCUUGCCUACGGCCCCAAGAAUGAUAAGAUUCCCGGAGAGCCAGUGUCAUAUUAUAUCAACCCAGUUGGACUUCAACACCUGAUUCUCUCAGCAACUGAGCUCGACGAGUCCAGUGUCAUGGACAUUGAAGAUCCCAAGGCUUUCUCUGCCCAUGCUGUCCUGAAGCGGUCUGGAGGCUCAGCUCAGCAGAUUACUUUCCCCAUUGUGCAAGGCAUGGGUUACACCACUGCUAUCUACAAUGACUUGCAGCCUCUUAUUGAGAGUGGUGUCUUUUUCAGAAAGGUUGUUAGCGCUGGUUCGCCACGACUCGGUAUCUUCAAGUACAAGGUUGAUCUCGAAGAUGACACUACAUGGCUCAUGUAUGCCACGCCCACCGACGGUAAAGACCCGAAGUUCAAACUGGUCUCGAAGUCCAGCCUCCGUGGUUCCCACGGGUUCUCCGGUACCGUCCAGCUUGCCAAGAACCCGGCUGGUACGUCUGGCGAGAAGUUCUACGAUAACUCGGCUGGUGUGUACGCUGUUUCCGGAGAGAUCUCCGGCUCUGUCAGUGGUAAUGAGGGCAGCUACAGCCUCUCCUGGGCAAAGGCCGGAAAGCAGGUUAACGGAACUCCCUUGCUCAUGUUCGCUCUGCCUCAUCACGUCCACUCCUUCGACAACGCCACUAAGGGCCGUAUCACCAAUAUCCACCUCCGCAGCACAACAAAGGGCAAUACCACCGCUGUCAUUGGAGAAAGAUGGACCAUGACGGAGCAGAACCUCCCUGUCGACAUGGGCUUCGCCCCUUGGACAACCACCCACGGCAGUGUACACGACCUCUCAACCACCGCCCAGCACGCCAUUCUCAAGGCCGCUCCCCAAGAACUAAAGCAGAACAUCUCCGAUCAAACUGACCUCAACAGCAUGUACUACAGUGGCAAGGCCCUGAGCAAGUUCGCAACUCUGGUCUACACCGUCAACCAGCUAGGCAACAACGUCGACCUCGCCGCGGACGCCUUCCAAGAAGUAAAGAAAUCCUUCGCCCGCUUCGUGGACAACAAGCAACAAUACCCACUAGCAUACGACACCGUCUGGAAGGGAGUCGUCUCAACAGCCGGCUACGAUGGUGACCUGAACCAAGAUUUCGGAAAUACAGCGUACAACGACCACCACUUCCACUAUGGCUACUUCAUCCAAGCAGCAGCCAUCAUUGGUGCUCUUGACCCCAGCUGGCUAGCAAAGAAUAAGGAGUGGGUUAACAUGCUCGUCCGUGAUGCGGGUAACUCCGUCGACAACGACCCUCUCUUCCCCUUCUCGCGCUCAUUUGAUUGGUACAAUGGUCACUCGUGGGCGAAGGGUCUGUUCGAGUCUUACGAUGGAAAGGAUCAGGAAUCCACGUCGGAGGAUACCAUGUUCGCGUAUGCUAUCAAGAUGUGGGGACAGACCACCGGCGAUGCAAGCAUGGAAGCGCGUGGUAACAUGAUGCUGGGCAUUUUGAGUCGCUCGCUUCACGACUAUUUCCUCAUGGAAGAUGAUAAUGUUAACCAGCCGGCGAACUUCGUUAAGAACAAGGUUACUGGGAUUCUAUUCGAGAACAAGGUCGAUCACACAACCUACUUCGGUGCAAACCUGGAAUACGUCCAAGGUAUCCACAUGCUCCCAUUGAUGCCUCACACCCCCUUCACCCGCCGCAAGGAGUUCGUCCGUCAAGAAUGGAACGCCAUGUUCUCAGCCAAUGCCUCCACACCUGCCGACAAGGUCGAGGGUGGAUGGAAGGGCGUGCUAUACGCCAACCUAGCCCUCAUUGAUCCCAAAGCCGCCUGGGAAUUCUUUACCCAGCCGAACUUUGACUAUAGCUGGAUUGAUGGUGGUGCGACGCGUACUUGGUACCUGGCUUUCGCUGCUGGUCUUGGUGGCGCGCCUUGA